GGCGCAGGGGGCUGGUCCUCGGACACUGAAAGCUACUUAAGAAGGAGAAGCCCCCGAGAGGGCUAAACAACCACCCGAAACCUCGGAAGCGUCGCGGGCGCCGAGCCCACCGCGUCUAGGUGCCCCCGCCCGGGACCCGCGAGGCGCCGCUUCCCAGCGAGGGGCGGUGCCCGGCUCCCCACGAGGUAUCAGGGACAAACGUCCACCUGGUCCUUGGGGUUUGACGCCGCCUUCGGCCACGCUCGGCUCUUGGGAACUCGAAGCCGACAGGCAGGGACGCGAGUCCCGGCCUUAGGGGCGCCGGUUCAGGGUCGGUGUGCGCGCAGAGGGGCUUGUCUUGGCUUGGGGUCCCUGGGUAACACUGGCCCAAGCUUUUCGCUCCCCCCCCCGCCCCCCGGCAAGCCUAGAGCCGCAAUAGUGCCCGCCCCAGAAAGCCUGCGGCGAGAGCUCCACCCGGGCCGGGAGGGGGUUUGGAGAACUGACCCGCCGCGCGCUGUGGCCUGGGAUGGCUCUGCGGCCGCCAGGCGAGGCCGGCCCCCGGGACAAGGUGUGCUACCUGCCCGAGAGGCUCCAGAGCAGCCCCCAGCACCUGGCCGCCUACUACACGCCUUGCCCGCCCUAUGGCCACUACGGGAACACCCUCACCGCUACGGAGGAGGAUUUCCAGCCUUUCCGGCAGCUGGAGGCCACCGUGUCUGCGGCCCAGGCUAUGACCUCCAUCGCCUUCCGGACGGCGCCUCCCUUGCUGAGCCCCGGCCUGGCCCUACAGAGGGAGCCGCUCUACGAUCUGCCCUGGUACAGCAAGCUGACGCCGUGGUACCCAAUGCCCCACCUCCCCAUGGAGGUGCCGCACUUUCUGAACAGCAGCCGCGAGUACACAGGCGCCGCCAGUGAAGACUUGGGCCGCAUCGGUGGCCGCAGGGACAGUAGCCAGUGUUGUGGACCUGAAGUUUUAAUUCCGCCGCCCCCUGUGGAUGCUUCCGUGUUACCUGAGGGGCUGAAGACCUCCCAGGUAUUAGCUUGCUCGCCCAGCAAGCGGUCUGAGAAUGGCCCCAAACUCCUGAACCAAGAGGAGAAGUCUCGGCCUUACCACUUUACCCAGGAGGACCUGUACUUAGUUCUGUAUGGGGUCAUUCCCAGCCUGGAGCACUCAGCGCGCUUGCACCAUGCGAUUUCGGGGCUCCUGGUACCCACAGACAGCUCUGGGUCUGAUACUCUUCCUCAAACUCUGGAUAAAGACUCCCUUCAGCUACCAGAAGGUCUCUGCCUCAGGCAGACCAUGUUUGGUGAAGUCUCACAUUUUGGUGUGUUCUGCAGUAGCCUCAUCGCCAAAGGAGUCAGAUUUGGGCCCUUUCAAGGUAAAGUGGUCAACGCCAGUGAAGUCAAGACCUAUGGAGACAAUUCUCUGAUGUGGGAGAUCUUUGAAGAUGGUCAUUUGAGCCACUUUAUAGACGGGAAAGGAGGCGCAGGGAACUGGAUGUCCUAUGUCAACUGCGCCCGGUUCCCCAAGGAGCAGAACCUCGUUGCAGUGCAAUGCCAAGGGCAGAUCUUUUAUGAGAGCUGCAAGGAGAUCUACCAGAACCAAGAGCUCCUUGUGUGGUACGGAGAUUGCUAUGAGAAGUUUCUGGACAUUCCUGUGAGCCUUCAGGUCACAGAGAAGGGGAAGCAGGCAUCUGGGCCCUCGGAAGAGUCUGCAGAAGGUUACAGAUGUGAAAGAUGUGGAAAAGUAUUUACCUACAAAUAUUACAGAGAUAAGCAUCUCAAGUACACCCCCUGUGUGGACAAGGGUGACAGGAAAUUUCCCUGCUCUCUCUGCAAACGAUCCUUUGAGAAGCGGGACCGCCUCCGGAUCCAUAUCCUUCACGUUCACGAGAAGCACCGGCCUCAUAAGUGUUCUACAUGUGGGAAAUGUUUCUCUCAGUCUUCCAGCCUAAACAAGCACAUGAGAGUCCACUCCGGAGACAGACCCUACCAGUGUGUAUACUGCACGAAGAAGUUUACUGCCUCCAGCAUACUCCGCACACACAUCAGGCAGCACUCCGGGGAGAAGCCCUUCAAAUGCAAGUUCUGUGGUAAAUCUUUUGCGUCCCAUGCUGCCCACGACAGCCAUGUCCGUCGUUCACACAAGGACGAUGAGGGCUGUUCCUGUAGCAUCUGUGGAAAAACCUUCCCGGAUCAAGAAGCCUUCUACUCCCACAUGAAGUUUCAUGAAGACUACUAACCCUCAGAGAACUAAGGACUUGGAUUCUGUCUUUAUAGUUCUUGUUUACGGGUGUGUCAUAUGAAUGAAUGAUAGUUAUACUGAGAUGAGACAAGAAAAAUGGAACUGACCGAUUAGCUGCAUUAAUUGGAUUUAUUGACUGUGAUUUUAACAGCUUUCACAGAAUUGUUUUUCACAAUUUCUAACAAAAAUGGAAUUUUGGUGAAUUUACCUAGAAAUAAUGAAAGCUGCCUAUAUUAGUAGUGCUUAAGGGUCUGGAAACUCAACAUCAGCCAUGAGAGAGACUAUAUUUCAUUUCAGGGAUUGGGAGUAGAGUCUUUAAUUUCAUGAUGAAAAGGAGGCCUUUUCUCUGUUUGCCUUGGACCUCCCAAUUGUAAUAUGUCUGUGACCAUCACCUGUUAUAUUUCUUCAUAGAAUAAAUUCUUUAAAAAUUCA